AUGGCCGACCAAGCUUCAUCCGACCAAAAUAAGGGCAAAGAGGCUGUUGUUGGAAUCAAGGCCGAUGUCAGAACCCUUCAGCAACUCAGCUCUUCGGGCCAAGCUGCUAAGAAGAAAAGAGAAGAAAACCAGGUGGAGAAAGGAAUGCGGGCGAUAGGUGGAGCUAUUCAAGCCCAUUUGCAACAGGGAAGCCAGAGUCAAGGCUCCUCUUGA